GGCGCGGGGGGCCGGGGGCGGCGGCGGCCGGCGCGGGGGGCGCGGAGGCCGGGGGCGGGCGGCCGGGGGCGCCGGCCGGCGAUGCGGGGCCGGGCGGGCGCGGGAGGAUGAGGCGGCGGCGCCGGGGGCCGCGCGCGGAGGAUGAAGUGGAGCGUCCGCGGGGCCUGCGCCGCGCUGUCCGCCUGCCUGCUGCUGGGCUGCGCGCUGGGCGCGGCGGCCGUGGGGCUGCGCUGCUUCGCGCUGGGCGCCCAGCUCCGCGGGGAGCCCUUCCGCCUGGGCGCGGCGGCCGGCGCCUUCUACUCGGGGCUGCUGCUGGCCGCGGGGCUGGCGCUGCUGGGCGGCGCGCGGUGCUGCGGGCGGGGGCCGGGGGGCGCCGGGGCGCGGGGGGCGCGGGGGGCGCCGGGCGCCGAGGAGCCCGGGGCGCGGGGGGCGCGGGGGGCGCGGGCGCGGGCGCGGGGGCGGGGGCGGCGCGCCCCCCGCGCCCCCCGCGCGCACAACCUGCUGCUGCUCGGCGCGCUGGUCUUCAUGCUCGGGGUGUUGAGCGCCUUCGCGGGCGCCGUGAUCGACGGCGACACGGUGUCCCUGGCCGAGCGCAAGUACUCGCACUUCUGCCGGCCCGGCGUCCCCGGGCCCCCGCGGCCCCGCGCCUCGGCCGCGCAGUGCCGCCGCCUGCGGGACUACCAGCGCGGCCUGGUGCUGUCCACCGUGCUCAACGCGCUCGAGUGCCUGCUCGGCCUGCUGGGCCUGCUGCUGGCCAAGAACUGCCGCGCCGCCCGCCGGCCCCGCGUCUGGGCCCGCGCCCCGGGGCCCCGCCAGCCGCCCGCCUUCCGGGCCCGCCGGGGGCGGCGGGGGCGGCGGGGGCGCGGGCUGCAGCCGCGGCCGAGCGAGGCUUCCAUCCUGGCGGCCGAAGACUCGGACCCCGCGCCCGGGGACUGCGGGGCGGCCUGCGGCGGCGCCGUGUCCUUCAUCAGCGUGGGCGCGGGCCCCGGGGGCGCCGCGGCGGGCGUGGAGGUGAGCUGCGCCGGGCACCCGUCGGUGGAGCUUCCUGGCUACGCGCCCUCGGACCCCGAGCUGGAUGCCUCCUACCCCUACUGCUGCCGGGCGCGGGGGCGCUGAGCCGGGGUCCCGGGGGACAGAGGCCGAGCCAAGGGACCGCGGGGCCCGGGGGACAGAGGCCGAGCGGCGCCCCGACCGCGGGGCCCGGGGGACAGAGGCUGGGCCACAGCCUCACCGAGACCAGGGGACACAAGUCAAGCUUCGCCCCGAUGAGGACCGCAGGACACAAGCCGCUCAGCGCCCCAACCGUGGGAACCAGGGGACACGCACUGAGCCCUGGGACUUCGGGGACCGGGGGACACACUCCCAGCCACGUCCCGAUGGGCACCCUGGACCCGCCCCCCGACACCCCCCCGCUGAAGUUUACACGUGAUGGGCGUCUGGCCCCCCCGUUCCUGGGUGAGCGGGACCCGGAGGCGCCCAGGACAGGGACAGGACACCCCACAGCGACACUUUGUACCCGGAUGUGCCUGCUUUGGUGGAUACUUUCUUACUUUACUGUAAAGCUCUCCACAAACAGUGAAAGUGUUUGGUAAACUCAAUGCGAUUUAAAAUGGGUGAGUCCUGUUAUUGAGUCGGUUGUGUGCUCUGCAUCAGCUGGUCGGGUGUGGGUAGAGUUGGACAUAGCUGGGUCUGUGUGGAUGCUGGGCUGGGCUCCUGCCCCCUCCCCUUCUUGUUCGUCUCCCCAUCUCCUCCUCUCUGUGCUCCUGCCUCUUGCCCUCCCUGCGUUUUCAUGAGCUGAGCUUUUUGAAGCACAUGAAUGAACCAGUCCUGUUUUGGGAAAUCCCACUCACCAUCUUUCCUGGCAAAGAUGAUGUCUCUUGAUUAAUCCUGGAUAUGACAACAUUUCGUUUUAAAAUAUACCCCUUCAAUAGCCUU